GGCAUCAGUGAAGCUGGAAGACUGCAGUCAAACACUGGAGCUGAAUGUCAACAUUAAAGAUGAAGAGGAGGAGAAAUUGGUUUCUCUUAGACGACUAGAAUUAAGUCUGAAGCCGGUAACAUCAAUAGUGAGGACAAACCCAGUCUGCCUCUCUCCUUCCACACUGAGUCCAAACCUACAGUCACUGGGUCCUGAUUGUGACAGUGGAGCCCAGUUUGCACUGCAGGAUCCAGAGAUGACAUCAGUGAAGCUGGAAGACUGCAGUCAAACAAUGGAGCUGAAUGUCAACAUUAAAGACGAAGAAGAUAAGAUUGGGAAAUCUCUUUCUCAAAGAGACCAUGUUGAGACAUUCUCUACAUUCAGAGAGAAACAGCAGGAAGAUCACAGAGCUAAGAGGUCUCACCACUGCCCACAUUGUGAGAAGAAUUUUUCAAUUCUAUCAAAGCUAAAAUUACAUGUAAAAAUACACACAGGAGAUAAUCUGUUUUCCUGUACUGACUGUGGGAAGAAUUUCACAACAUCAAAGGCUCUGGCAGUUCAUCAGAGAGUGCACAGAGAGAAGCCUUACUCCUGCUCUGACUGCAGGGCGAGUUUCUCUCAACUGUGCACCUUAAAAAGACACGAACGUAUACACACAGGAGCGAAGCCUUACUCCUGCUCUGACUGUGGAAAGAGUUUCUCUAAACUGUACAACUUAAAAACACAUGAACGUGUGCAUACAGGAGAGAAGCCUUACUCCUGCUCUGACUGUGAAAAAUGCUUCAAAAGAUCAACUGCUCUAAAAGUUCAUCAGAGAACACACACAGGAGAGAAGCCUUACUCCUGCUCUGACUGUGGAAAGGGUUUCUCUCAACUGGGUGACUUAAAAACACAUGAACGUAUACAUACAGGAGAGAAGCCGUACUCCUGCUCUGACUGUGAUAAAUGCUUCAAAACAUUAACUGAGCAAAAAGUUCAUCAGAGAACACACACAGGAGAGAAGCCUUACUCCUGCUCUGACUGUGAAAAAUGCUUCAAAACAUCAACUGAGCAGAAGGUUCAUCAGAGAACACACACAGGAGAGAAGCCUUACCCCUGCUUUUACUGUGAAAAAUGCUUCAAAACAUCAACUAACCGAAAAGUUCAUCAGAGAACACACACAGGAGAGAAGCCUUACUCCUGCUCUGACUGUGAAAAAUCCUUCAAAAGAUCAACUGCUCUAAAAGUUCAUCAGAGAAAUCACACAGGAGAAAAGCCUUACACCUGCUCUGACUGUGGAAAGAGUUUCUCUCAACUGGGCGACUUAAAAACACAUGAACAUAUACACACAGGAGUGAAGCCUUACUCCUGCUCUGACUGUGAAAAAUGCUUCAAAACAUCAACUGAGCAAAAAGUUCAUCAGAGAACACACACAGGAGAGAAGCCUUACUCCUGCUCUGACUGUGGAAAGAGGUUCUCUCAACUGGGCCACUUAAAUAGACACGAACGUAUACAUACAGGAGUGAAGCCUUACUCCUGCUCCGACUGUGGAAAGAGUUUCUCUCAACUGGGCGAAUUAAAAACACAUGAACGUGUACAUACAGGAGAGAAGCCUUACUCCUGCUUUUACUGUGAAAAAUACUUCAAAACAUCAUCUGAUCAAAAAGUUCAUCAGAGAACACACACAGGAGAGAAGCCUUACUCCUGCUCUGACUGUGGAAAGAGGUUCUCUAAACUGGGGGACUUAAAAACACAUGAACGUAUGCAUACAGGAGUUAAGACUUAAUCCUGCUCUGACAGCAUCAACUGACCUAAAGGUUUGUCAGAACACACUGGAGAGAGGCCUUACUCCUGCUCUUAAUGUGGCAAGAGUUUCUCCCGAUUGGGAAAUGUAAAGACACACCAACGGAUACACACUUGACCGAAGCCUUAUCAAAGCACUGACUGUGAGAAGAUAUUCUACAGAUUGGGACAUUUUAAAAGACACCAAUGUAUACAUAAAGGAGAGAAGCCUCAUCAGUUCUCUCAGACCAGCUAAGAUUAGACACUCCACUUCAUUCUCAUGUCAUUAAAUAAUUGCCAACAUUGAAUUGGAUCAAAUGAAGAAUAGAACACUAUUGUAAAAAAAAAAAAAAAAAAAAAAAAAACAUUAAGGGCACCUGCUCUUU